GUCGGUUUUCUCACUGUCAUUGUACCUUCAAAUGUCGGUGUAGUCUUAGUUUACCACUCUGUCCUGUAUGUCCCGGUCCCUAUGUCCGUGUCCUGUAUGGACUUGUACGUCGUUUACAAACAUGUACGUUUACAAGUAUAUCGUUUGAACGUUUGCAAAUCUCAACUUCCACCUGGCCAAGCCAUGCCAAGCCACAAGAUAGAUAUUCCCGAUGUCUUUGUCGCUGUCGGUGUCCGAAAUAAAACAGCGCCCAACACCCAACUCGGGGGCAUCCGGCGUGCACCCUACAUACCUACCUACAUAUUCUAUAUAGUACUGCGGUGGUCAACGGGUUGUGGCUUUUAUUUUAUUUUUUUUUUAUUUAGUCGUUUAUUCAUUUAUUCAUUUUAUUUUAUUUCUAUUUAUUUCUUUAUUUAUUCUAUAGUGUUUAAAACGAAAAUAUAUAUAUAUAUAUAAUGUGAGAAUUGCAAUCGUGACUCAAACUCUCAAAAUUGCUAAACUACUUUAUUACU